AUGGGACUGUUUCAAAAUGAAUUCCCGCGUUUCCCGAAAAAUUAUCCUCUUCCGCUAUCGAAGAUACGAGUGAAACCGUUCGACGUGGAAACCACGUUGGCCGAAGUGAAAUUGGAAAGAAAAAAUCGAGCGAAAAAGUACCACGGUCCAGAUUCACCAUUGUACUCGGCGAUUUACCCUUCAGUUUGCAUAAUGAAGGUGUUCGGUUUGGCGCCGUACGAUUUCACAGGCGACGAGAUGACUCCGUCCAACUUAUGCCUCGUAUUCUCCUUCGCGUUUAUGUGCAUUUAUUGUUACAUUGUGUACAUAGUGUAUCUGAAAUUCACCAGUUUAAAAAGGCAGAAACAGAUGCUGAACGUGGUCGAAACUACAAAGGUAAUCGUGAAUUUCUUGGUGGCCAUGUACGAGCUGGUAUCGACGGUAUUUACGAGGAGGGUGUUCAGUCGCAUUUGGAACGCAUUGCAAGAUUCUGACGAGAGGAUGAGCCAACUGGGCUAUCCACGUAAAGAGACGAAAACCAAGAUCGCGAUGUGGACUCUUUUGAUCAGCCAGAUCAUAGUCUGGACGGUAGUUAAUCAGAGUGGAAUGUACGCUCUGAUGGAAGCUUGGUUUUUUAACGUAAGCUACAUAUGCGUUUACCUCGGUACCGCUAUACCGGUGUACAAAUUUUUCGGGAUGACGAGCUUUCUCGGUCAACGGUUCCACCAGCUCAAUCAAAUCGCCAGAGAAAAUUUACCGCCGAGGGUUGGAUACAAAAGCAGCAGCGUCAGCAAAAAGACCAUUCAAGAUCUGCACGACAAACUGAUGCUGUCCAGCGAGGAACUGGCCUCUCUCUACUCCUGGUCCUUGUUGUUCUGGCUUGGAAAUUUGAGCGUGCACAGUGUCAGCAAUCUGUACUUCAUCAUCGAUUGGCUCAUCUUGAUGCCCUGGACCAACAUAGCCUGGCUUCGCGUAUUCAACAUGUGGUCUUGGGAGGUUGGAUUUAUAUCGCAACUUUUGGUCAUUUACAUUGCCUGCGACUACACGAUAACAGAGGCGAAUUCCAUGGGUGCUAUCUUCGUCGAGUGGGACGCGAGAGUGAUUCAAAGAUUUCCUUACGACGAUACAGUUCGUACAUCGCUGCCCUUUCUCAACAGGCGACUCAGUUUCUCCGCCGGCGGACUCUUUAACGUCCACUUACCCCUUCUCUGUUCGAUGGUCGGGGUGCUGUCGACGUAUCUGGUACUUCUUUUACAGUUUCCAGCCUGA